AAGUGAAAACUUUGCAAAAAGAGGGGGGAAUAUUUGUCAUAUAGGUAAAGUAGGAUAAGGGGUGAAAUUGACAAUAUACCCCAUUAAUGUGCAAAGGCAAAAGGGGUCUAUCCACUAAACAAACCAGAUAAGCAGCUUGUAAAUUGCAGGCAAAUUCAAGAAUGAGUAGCUCUUCACUCACUGCUUCUUUACAUACUAGUACUACUUUAAGGUCUCCUUUUGUAGGGAGUUUGAAUGGGUUUCGUGUAUCGAGUGUUGCUGUUCGUCGUGUUGGUUUUGUGAGGAAGACGAUCGAAUGUAAAGAAUCAAGAAUCGGUAAGCAACCAAUAGCAGUACCUUCCAAUGUGACACUCACAAUGGAGGGCCAAGAUUUGAAAGUUAAGGGACCUCUUGGAGAGAUGGCCAUAACUUAUCCACGAGAAGUGAAGCUUGAGAAGGAAGAUGGAGGUAUUCUAAGGGUCAGAAAAGCCGUGGAGACAAGACGGGCAAAUCAAAUGCAUGGUUUAUUCAGGACUCUCACCGAUAACAUGGUGGUCGGUGUCUCCAAAGGGUUCGAGAAGAAACUUCAAUUGAUAGGUGUUGGAUAUCGUGCAACGCUCGAAGGAAAAGACAUAGUUCUCAAUCUUGGAUUUUCACAUCCAGUUAGGAUGGAAAUUCCUGCUGGACUGCAAGUUAAGGUUGAAGAAAACACCAGAAUCACUGUAAGUGGUUACGAUAAGUCGGCCAUCGGCCAAUUUGCAGCUUCAAUAAGAAAAUGGAGACCUCCAGAGCCAUACAAAGGUAAAGGAGUGAAAUAUGCUGAUGAAAUAGUUAGAAGAAAAGAAGGUAAAGCAGGCAAGAAGAAGUAAAUGGUACAUUUUGUUAUUUCUAUUUUUCUAGAGCUAUUUUGAAGUUAGGUUCAUUUUGAAGUGACUUGACAAUUUGUUAAUCUUGUAUCCCUUUGACAAUUUGAAAUUGUAUGUAAUAUUCAUGGAGGUGGUUUCUUUUUUUGGUUUUCCA